GGUCACGCCUCUGCGAUCAGCUGUUUGGUGUAACAAGACACGAAGACAUGGCGAGCACGAGGAAGUUCAAACCGGUUACCCAUGUUAUCUUCGACAUGGAUGGGCUCCUGCUGGACACAGAAGACAUCUACACCAAAGUGUUUGAGGAACUGGUGGCACCAUACGGCCAUACGUUUGACUGGACCAUCAAGGCACGUAUGAUGGGGGUGACACCUCAAGAGGGUGCCAGAUACCUGAUUCAGAAACUAGACCUUCCCAUAACUGAGGAGCAGUACCAUGAAUGGUGUGCCAAGAGAUAUGCAGAACUCAUGCCUACAGCUAAGCUGCUACCUGGUGCAGAGAAGGUUGUACGUCACCUCCACAAACACAAGGUCCCAGUGGGUCUCUCAACGGGAUCGGACGCAGAAAAGUUCAACACCAAAACGACCAAUCACAGGGAGUUUUUCAAGCUGUUUGACCCCCUGGUGACCUGUGGCAGUGACCCUGAAGUAAAACAUGGCAAGCCUCACGCUGAUGCAUUCCUGGUGCCUGCAACAAGGUUUCCCGAUAAACCAGACCCAGCCCAGUGCCUGGCCUUUGAAGACUCCCCAAAUGGUGUAGACUCUGCACUGAAUGCUGGGAUGCAGGUUGUGAUGGUGCCACACCCCAAACUGGACCGGAGUCUCUGCACCAAGGGCACGCUUGUACUGGACUCCCUGGAGGAUUUCUGCCCAGAGGAGUUUGGACUGCCUGCUUAUGAUAGCUAACCCUUUUAUAGGAAACUGAUUUUAUUAUUUUACAUCCUUGAGCUGUAAUAUUUCAUAUGAUACAAGACAUGCAAUGUAUGUCCUUGUUCCAUUUCAUUUUAACAACUGUUCAACUGUAGGGGUAAGAAU